AUGUCAUCGUGUACUCUCAACGCACUCAUAUCCUGUCAGAAUAAUUCCACAUCCUGUCGUAAUUGCGAGCUGCCAGUCAGGACUGAAUCCCUUCUUUUCAAAAGUCUGCAAGGAAAGACGUCGCCACAACCCGACCACCUCUCUUCUCCUGGAAGAGUCCAUUCGGGCACCCUUACGUCGCUCUUGUACGAUGUCAUUAUAAAUAAUAUGCUAACAGUUUUUACGCUAACGUAUCGCAAAAUGGCGAUCUGAGGAAACUUCCCUGGUUGCUGGACGUGGGUCACAUCCUGUGGUUGAAUUCUAUUUCAAAGAUUGAUAAACAACAGAUGCUAGCAUCUAGCAGGCUAGUAAUUUGUGUACCAAAAGUCUCAAAAGUGGAUCACAACUUUCGGUGUAGUCUGGUAAAUGCUAACAUGCCAACAGUCGACUUGCUAACAUACAGCGAGAUACCGACCCAAGUGUAGAAACCAUUAAGACAUACAACAAAGGGUUUUACAUCACACAUUGUACUCGGGUACUAGUUCUCAUGGGAGUCGUUAAUAUAGUAACAGCUGCCAUGUCCACAUUACCCGGACUUGGGACCGGCCUACAGAUUGGACUGGCUUGUGCCCCCCAUCCGGCUGCAGAUAGUCAAAUAAAGACAAUCAAAUAAACAAAGUCAACACACAAGGUACACGAUUCACAUAGCUAGUUAGCGACGAGCUAACGCUAGCUAGCGCCAACUUCGGACCAAAUGGAGGAAGACUACAACGAGGACCGUGAGGACUUAGAGGACACUGGAUAAGUGGACACAACCCUCAAGCUCCAACUUUCUUCACGUUGUGGUUUGAAUCUCUUUUAUCUCUCAUUUUCAUUCAUAUGUGUUCGGACCCUUACUUUAGCUCGUCGCUAGAAUAGCUCGUUGCUAGCCUUAGCUCGUCGUUGGUUAUUUAAUUGCAGCCAGAGUCCAAAAAAAAAGAAGUUACAAUAUAUAGAUGUACUUCGAGCGCUGGUGAUCGACUUCUUCAUGAGAAUAGAUCAAUCGCUAACAUGCUAACAGCUGAUAUGCUAACAUACAGCGAGAUCGCAACCUGAGUACAGAAAUUAUUUCACGUGUUGUCGGAUUUCAAAUGAGAGUUGAUCAAAUGCUAACAUGCUAACUGGUAGUAUGCUAGUAGGCCCCCCCCAGAGUGGGGACAUGUUGACAGGUUCUGGAUCAUUCCCCAUGAUCUGGGGCCUCCUCAAAGCUUCUAGAGACCUCCUUCACCAGAACCGUUGGACGGACAACCACCACGUUAACCCCCCGACCCUCCACCGCUGGAGCUCCACCCGAAGAGAAAUGCUGUUCAGACCAGCAUUGGGGGUUGGCUGAUUCUGGUUCUGAUUCUGACAUUUGGAGGCCAACUAUUGGCAUCCUCAUACACACGUCCUACUGGACAUUCACCAUCCUGAACAAGCGGGACAUGGAUUUGCGAUCAAUCGUUGUUUUCUCGCAGUACAUUUUGGGCCCUUGCGUACUAGAUCGCGAGGAGGUUUUUGUGUUCACGAGUGAGUACAUGACUGACAAAUUUGCAAAAAUUUUUUAAAACCGCGUCUAGUUUGUGUUUGUGAGAGAGUGCGAGAGAGCACGAGCGUGAGCUUCGCAAAUGUGCGAGCGAGUUCCUGCGCGAGGGAUUGUCGCGAAACCGGUUUUGCAGGGUUCACACCGGUUUUCUUCCGGCUGCCGCGACCAGUUUCACCGCCCUCACUUCGAUUCCCUGCCGGUUGGUCCGACGACACGCACUGACACGUUUUGACGCGCCUACUUUGCAUUUCAAUUUAUUUUUCUAUAUUUAUGUAUAUAUAAAUAAAAUGCGGUGAAAGAUGGAUGGACAUUUGAGAGAAAAUCUUUGCCAGGAUUUUUUAUUUUGUUAUUAUUUUAUUGGGAUGUGAAUGAAGGAGUAGUUUCUGAGCUGUUCGUCCUGGAUUUUAGAGGACUUUAGAGGACUUUUGGACUGGAUUGAAAACCAUUUAAAGGACACGUUGGUUGUUGUUGUUGUUGGACGUGGUUGAAACGGGCGGAUUGGAUUUUACAUCGCAGGAACGACGAGAUGAGCAAAACCAAGAACAAAAGCGAGAACCGGACGGAAAAGGCUCUGGCGGCGGAGAAGGAACAGUUUGGAAAACAGCAGUUGCAGUACAUCAGCAAGUGUCUGACCCCGGCUGAAACGCCACCCAAAUCUAAAUAUGUGCGCAACAUCCUCCUGGGCAGUCACAAGGAAGGGGGCGCGUCCACCAUGUGGUCGUACAUCCUCAACCUGCCGCUGUCCAGCAACGCCAUCAUCAGCUGGAAGUUCUGCUACCUGCUGCACAAAGUCCUGCGAGACGGACAUCGCAACGCCGUGAGGGACUCGCACAGACACUGUCGGAACGUGAAGGACAUGGGCGCCUUGUGGGGCAACCUACACGAUCGCUACGGCCACAUCGUCGCCUUGUCCACCAAAUUCCUCUGCCUCAAGAUGGAGUUUCAUGCUCAGCACAAAGCCAUUCCGGCUAACCUGGAGGCCUCGGAUGAGACUUUAGAGCGAGAAGCUGGAACCGACAUGAACAGAGUGUUGGAUAUGACACAGGAGCUGUUGGAAUACUGGGACGCUGGACUCAAGCUGGCUGAAACCGUUCUCCGUCAGCUGGACACCAACGGAGCCAAACCCAACUCGCCGGCGGGACAGUGCCGCCUCUUGCCUCUGAUCCCGCUCAUCCCCGACUGCAGCUUUCUCUACCACUUCUGCGUCCGCCUCCUCUUCAAACUUCACUCCCGGAUUGCGGCGGAUGUUCUUCUCGGCCACAGAGAGCGAUUCCGGGAGCUAUUCAACAGCCUCAAGCAGUUCUUCAACCGGGCCAGAGAGAUCGAGUUCUUCAAAACCAUCAUCCAGAUCCCAGAACUCCCAGAUGGUCCUCCGAACUUCCUGCGUGCAGCUGCGUUGGCCGAGUACAAGAGGCCGGUGGUGGUGAUUGCCAACGAGGACCGCUUUGAUGACAACGAACCCGAGCCGCACGCCGACUCACGGGACUCGGAUCAGUAUUACCUGCUGAGUCAGAUGGGUGUGCCUGAUGCGGACCCGAGGACUCAGCACAAUGAGAACGAGAGCCUGAGGAGAGAACUGGAUGUCCUGAAACCAGAACUUCAACUCAUCAAAUCAGAGGCUCAGAGGUGCGUGACGGAGCUCCGGGCUCAAGUGAACCACCUCGAGGCGGAGGUGGAGGAGCACCGCACGCACAGGCAGAUGGCCCAGGUGGAGAACGAGCACCUCCGCAUGGAGGUGGACGCGCUGCGAUCCGCCAACGUAGCCAACGUGGGCGCCCAGAUCGGGUUCAAGGAAGCCGACGGUCGGGCGCAGGCAGCCGAGCUUCGGUUCGGUCAACUCAAGGAGAAACACGCCGAGCUGGUCACCAGUCACGCCGACCUGAUGAAGCGGAACGCAGAAACGAACAAGCAGCUGGCUCACACCAAACAAGACCAAGACGAGAUGUGCAGGACCAAACAGAAGCUGGAGAGCGAGCUGGAGAACCUGCGCCGGGAGAAGACGAACUUGAUCCACCAGCGGCAGAACGAGGCCGACAGGCUGAAUAAAGAACUCCUGGAGCAGAGAGCCGAGUUAGCGCUUCUUCGCAGCACUCUGGAGAGCAAGGAGAUGGAAGGCUCCCAGGCCAGCAGCACCCUGGCCGCCCUGCAGACCGAGCGCGACUCCCUCCUGCGCUCGGCCCAGGAGCGCGACGGUGACCUGUCGUCGCUGAGGCAACAGCAGAGCGCCGCCGACCUGGAGAGGGAUCGCCUGAACCGGGAGUUGGAGGCCCUCAGGGCCCAGCUGCAGCAGCAGUUCACCAUCAACGCCCAGCAGAAGUUGGAGAUCGACAGGCUUCAGCGCGAGUUGGACACCACCCGAGCCGAGCUGGCGCGCGUCAACAGCAACCUGCAGAGCAAAGAGCUGAGCGGUUCGCAGCUGAGCAGCACGCUGGCGGGCCUCCAGGCGGAGAAGGAGGCGCUGCUGCGCUCGGUGCGGGAGCAGGAGGCCGAGCUGGGCUCCCUCCGGCAGCAGGCGCACCUGCAGAAGAGUUCGCUGGAACAGGAACGCCAGCGCAGCAACAUGGAGCUGGGAACCCUGCACGCGCAGCUACAGCAGCAGGCCAACCGCGAAGGCGAGCUGUCCCACAAGCUCCAGGAGGAGCAGUUCUGCCUGCUGCAGUGCGCCGUGGUGGAGGCGGAGGGCAUCAUCCUGGACGCCGUCGCCAAACUGGACGACCCGGUCCACGUGCGCUGCGUCUGCUCGCCCGAUUAUUUGGUGAAUCGGGCCGAGACCACUUUGGUGUCGGUGGAGAAAAUGCAGCAGAGCCACGUCAUCUAUCUGGCAAACCGGAAUGACGCCAGCGGCCUGCUCCGGGCGGUCACUCAGUUCUCCCACUUGGCCGCCGACACCAUCGUGAACGGCAGCGCCACGUCGCACUCGGCCCCCACGGACCAGGCCGACCGCUUGACUGACAGCUGUCGGGACUGCGCCAAUAACUGCCUUCAGUUCUUGAAGGACUUGAAGCUGCAGGCCAGCUUGCAGAGAGCCGACCCCACCGCCAUCCGCUACGCCAUCCAGCGCAUCCUCGCCAUGGCGCAGGAGCUGCGUCCCAAGGGCCAGGACGUCCUCAAGGAGGAGCUGGGCAACAUGGUGGACAAGGAGAUGAUGGCCACCUCCACCGCCAUCGAGGAGGCCGUGCUGCGUAUGGACGAGAUCUUGUCGCAGGCCAGGAGGGACACCAGCGGCCUGAAGCUGGAAGUCAACCAGAGCAUCCUGGGCUCCUGCUCGGACCUCAUGAAGGCCGUCCACAUGCUGGUGACGGCCGCCACCGACCUGCAAAAGGACAUCGUGGAGGGCGGGAGGGGAGCCGCCUCCGUCACAGAAUUCUACGCCAAAAAUUCCCGCUGGACGGAGGGGCUGAUCUCGGCCUCCAAGGCGGUGGGCUGGGGCGCCACGCAGCUGCUGGAGUCCGCCGACCGUGUGGUGGGCGACCGGGGGACGUACGAGGAACUCAUCGCGUGCUCCCACGAGAUCGCCGCCAGUACCGCACAGUUGGUCGCCGCCUCCAAGGUGAAAGCGGAGCGCGGGAACAGGAAGCUGUCCACGCUGCAGCAGGCCUCGCGCCACGUCAACGACAUGGCCGCCGUGGUGGUCACCUCCACCAAACACGGGCAGAUGCAGAUCUCGGACCAAGGGGUGAUGGACUUCUCUGGAAUGUCGCUCAUCAAGCUCAAAAAAGAGGAAAUGGAGGCUCAGGUGCGGGUCUUGCAGCUGGAAAGUCAACUGGAUCAGGAGCGCGUCCGGCUGGGCGAGCUGAGGAAGCGCCACUAUGACUUGGGCGCCAUUCAGGACGGCGGCGGCGACAUAUUGGACGGCGACGAGAGCUUCCCGCCGCCGCCCCCGCCCACUUUACUGGAUGCUAGCUCUUUCCCACCGCCGCCGCCACCCGAGCCCGCCUCUGUUCCAACCUUUGCAUCUACCAACCCUUUCGCACCCGGCGCGGCGCAAUCCUUCUCGCUGCCUCAAUCCUACGCGCCAUCGCAAGCCUACACGCCGUCUCCGGCCUACGCAUCGGCGAAAUCUUACACGCCAUCGUCGCAACCUUACGCGUCGUCUCAGCCUUACACGCCGUCCAAAGCUUUCACCCCGACCCCCGGCCAGAAUUCUGGAAAUACUCAUUCCUACUCCGGCUCGCAAGCCUCCUCGGCGACACCCGGGCUCUCCCAGCGCCCCUCGCAGUCCCAGAGCGCCGACUCCAAGGGGACGGAGUCUGGGAAAUUCAACCUGAGGAAACCCAGCAUCUUCAGUAAAUCCGGAAACCUCUUUAAGAACGCGUUCAAACGAGGGGAAACUGGAACCGGGACCGGGGAGUCUUGAGGCCAGACUGAGGGGGACUCACAGAUCAUGACGAUCCAUCUAUCCUUCCAUCAUCUGAGCUGCUUAUCCUUACAAGGGUCAGGGGGAGUGCUGGAGGAAAUCCCGGCUAUCUUCGGGCUGGAGGCGGGCUACACCCAGAACUGGUCGCCGGGCCAGUCGCAGGCCACGUAGAGACAGACAACAGGCAGACAAUCACACCUAGCGGCAAUUUAAAGUCUCCAAUUAAUGUUGCAUGUUUUUGGGAUGUGGGAGGAAACUGAAAUGGAUAAUGAAUAUGUAACAUUUUAAUCUAAUUUAUGCUACCUGGCAUGUUUUCGUUCCAGAAUGAGCUAAAGCAUGGAAAAUAUUUCGCCAUCUAGUGUUUUGGUCUGGGAACUACAAUUGAAGAGCUUACAUGCUAACUAGGACCCAUACAUAUCCCAUUUUUUUUUUAAAUUGCUGAUAUAUAUAUAUAUCAUAUUUCUGCACAUUUUUUGUCUGUUUUGUUGGAAUUAUGUUGCUUGAUUAAAUGUCUUAUAAAGGCAAUGGAUUAAAAACUUUCAUUAU